AUGGGACAAGAAACAAGAAGACUGGCAGAUGAGUAUGAGAUAUCAGAGAUUUUAGGCAGAGGAGGAUUCUCUGUAGUGAGAAAAGGCAUCAGCAGAAAAUCAGGCAGCAGUGACAAAAACAAUGUGGCAAUCAAGACCCUCAAAAGGCCAUUUGGACCAUCAAACCCUCCGCCCGGCAGAUCGGGUGCCGGUGAUCAUCAGAAAAGCUUUGCUGCUGCUUUCCAAGCCCGGAAGCAGGUGUCCAUAUCAAACGUCUUGCUCACAAAUGAAAUCUUGGUCAUGAGGAGAAUAGUUGAAAAUGUCUCACCACACCCAAAUGUCAUUGACCUCUAUGAUGUGUAUGAGGAUGAAAAUGGGGUCCACCUUGUGUUGGAGCUUUGCUCUGGGGGUGAACUGUUUGAUAGGAUUGUGAAGCAAGAAAGGUAUUCUGAGGCUGGAGCUGCAGCUGUGGUAAGGCAGAUUGCUCAAGGCUUAGCAGCUCUUCACAAGUCCAAUAUUGUUCACAGGGACUUGAAGCCAGAGAACUGCCUGUUCUUGAAUAAUACUGAUGAUUCUUCUUUGAAGAUUAUGGAUUUUGGGCUCAGUUCUGUGGAGGAGUUUACUGAUCCUGUUGUUGGGUUGUUUGGUUCCAUAGAUUAUGUCUCACCAGAGGCUCUUUCUCAGGGACAAGUCACUUCUAAGAGUGAUAUGUGGGCUCUGGGUGUAAUCUUGUAUAUCCUUCUCUCUGGGUACCCACCUUUUAUUGCUCAGUCGAAUCGGCAAAAGCAACAGAUGAUAAUGGCUGGAGAAUUCAGUUUCUAUGAGAAAACUUGGAAGGGCAUUUCUUUGUCAGCAAAGCAAUUAAUUUCGGAUCUCCUUAAAGUUGACCCUGACAAGAGACCUAGUGCUCAAGAGCUUCUGGACCAUCCAUGGGUUGUAGGUCUUUCAGCCAGAGAAGAUCAAAUGGAUGCUGAGAUUGUGUCACGAUUGCAGAGUUUUAAUGCUCGGCGAAAACUCCGUGCUGCAGCAAUAGCUAGUGUGUGGACCAGCUCGAUUUUCUUAAGGACGAAGAAGCUAAAAUCACUACUAGGUUCCCACGACCUUAAACCGGAUGAAAUCCAGAAACUGAGUUUACAUUUCAAGAAAAUAUGCGUAAAAGGUGACAAUGCUACUCUAUCUGAAUUUGAGGAGGUGCUGAAAGCAAUGAACAUGUCGUCAUUAGUCCCUUUGGCACCCCGGAUCUUUGACCUAUUCGACAACAAUCGUGAUGGAACAGUUGACAUGCGAGAGAUCCUCUGUGGGUUCUCUAGUCUCAAGAAUUCACAAGGAGAUGAUGCACUCCGCCUGUGCUUCCAGAUGUACGAUACGGAUCGGUCUGGAUGCAUCAGUAAAGAAGAAGUGGCAUCUAUGCUCAGGGCUUUACCAGAUGACUGCCUUCCAGCUGAUAUCACUGAACCUGGGAAAUUGGAUGAAAUAUUUGAUCGCAUGGAUGCAAACAGUGAUGGACAAGUUACCUUUGAUGAGUUCAAGGCUGCCAUGCAGAGAGACAGCUCUCUCCAAGAUGUAGUCCUCUCCUCUCUUCGACCAUUAUAG